GAAGUCCUGAUCGAACUCAAGAACGUGAAGAAGAAAUUUGGCAAAAAGGUUGUCCUCGACGGCGCGAGCUUUAAGAUCCGUCGAGGCGAGGCGGUCGGGAUCAUAGGAUCGUCCGGAACGGGGAAGAGCACGAUAUUGAGGAUCAUGGCCGGCUUACUAGCGCCGGACGAGGGCGAGGUGAUGAUACGGGGAAGGCCGCGCGCCGGGCUGUUAUCGGACGAGAAGAAUCCAAAUCUGAAAGUAGGCAUGGUGUUUCAGUCCGCGGCGCUGUUCGACUCCCUGACCGUGGGCGAGAAUGUCGGGUUCAAGCUGUACGAGCACAGCGAUUUGCCGGAGGAGGACAUCAAGAAGCUGAUAGACGAGUCCCUGAACCAGGUCGGGUUAGCCGGCGUCCAGGACCGAUACCCCGCGCAGUUGAGCGGCGGGAUGAAGAAACGCGCCGCGCUCGCGAGGGCGAUCAUCAAAGAGGACGUCUCGGACAUCAAAGACGACGCCCUCGAGGAAGUCGUGAUGUACGACGAGCCGACCGCGGGUUUAGACCCGGUUGCGAGCACGGUCGUGGAGGACUUGAUGAGAAACUUGCACACCGGGACGAAGAAAAAAUCCGGGAGCGAUCGCGGCGGCGUCGCGUCUUACAUCGUCGUGACGCACCAGCACAGCACGAUACGACGCGCGGUGGACAGGCUGAUCUUCUUACACGGUGGGAAGGUCGUGUGGGAGGGGAGCUCCGAGGAGUUCGACACGACGGACGAGCCGAUUGUUCGCCAGUUCGCGACGGGGGCGCUGAAAGGGCCGAUCGUGUAUUGA